UGACGUCAGCGCGCCCGUGACGUCAGCGCGCACGCCCGACGUCGCAGCGGCGCCUGCGCGGAUUCGCUCUCUUGGCCUGCGCCUGGCGUGAGACCCCCCCCCACCAUGCAGCUCUUCGUCCGCGCCCAGUCCCUCCACGCCAUCGAGGUUUCCGGCGCCGAGACCGUCGCCCAAAUCAAGGCGAGGAUCGCGGCGCUGGAGGCCGUCGCCCCCGAGGACCAGGUGCUGCUCUUCGGGGGAAGCCCGCUGCAGGAUGAGGCCGUGCUGGAGCAGAGCGGCAUCCCCGAAUUUUCCACCCUCGACGUGGCCGCGCGGCUGCUGGGGGGUAAAGUCCACGGUUCGCUCGCCCGCGCCGGCAAAGUGAGGGGCCAGACCCCCAAGGUGGCGAAGCAGGAGAAGAAGAAGAAGAAGACGGGGCGCGCCAAGCGGCGCAUGCAGUACAACCGGCGCUUCGUCAACGUCGUCCCCACCUUCGGCAAGAAGAAGGGCCCCAACGCCAACUCCUAGGGGAGAAAAAUCCCCCCCAAAAUAAACAAAAUCCCCAAAACCGCGCCGGGAGCGGGGUUUCGCGGCCCUUCUGGUGGAAUAAAAAUUGUUUGGGCUCCAAA